CAGUUUCUGACAUUUGCUAUGAAUGCCGCCACAGGAAAUUACGAUGGACCUGAAGGGUUUUUGUUUUAUUUCAUUUUGUAACUAAAUUGUUGCAUAUAUGUAUAUAAAACAUUUAAAAUCUACAUAAUCAGUUUGUGUCUAAAUUCUUGUUUAACUUGUAAAACAAGAAUUGUAAAGUAGUCAGAAUUCAAGGAAUUUCCUGAAACCGACAAGCAAAACAAACAUUUCCCAUCGUUGUUUUUGCAUAAACACGUCAAUGGAAAUUAAGGAUUAUUCUAGGGCGGUUACCAAUUAGUUUAUAAUGAGAUCGUUGUACCUUGUGGUGUUUUUAGUUUUCUUCUAUGGGAUCACUCUUUUAUUGGAAAAUGAGAUUUUUAAUCUCAAUGGGAUUCACCUGGUUGAAUAAAGAUUUAAAUACAGAAAAAUAAAAAUAUUCCUGUGGGUACCUGCUGGUCUCCUUUAUUCACUGUGAUAAAUCAUUCUAUGGAAUCUUGUAUAAUACAAAGCAGCAAUCCUAUGUCAGUGUGUAUCAUUACAUGUAAUGUUUAUUUAGUCUGCAUUAAACUCAUCCAACAACCACAAUCUUUGGCCUCACAGAUGAUCUUCAGCAGCACCUCGGAACAGUCUUGAUGUUCAUGUUGGAUGGCCUAUGUCUCUGUUUACUUACUGCAGUUUCAACAUUUUGUAACCUUUGGAAUCAGACUUCAGAGUGGAACUUUCCCAUAACUCUCUCCUUUACAGGUGCAUGUUGUGUGUUUAUGAAUAGCUGUGAUGCUGACUAGUUUGAAGUGCCUCGACAGGCGUGUCUCAACUCUUCGACUUAUCUUUCGCUUCGUUCUGGCAACCUGUCAGUCAUACCUGUCCUGCUUUUAUAAUUAAAAUGAGAACAUUUUUGCCAGAAGGUAAAUACAAAAAAGAUAAGUACAUCAAAAUCAAAGUGUUUUUUGAUGCGUACGAUUUGUAUUGGUGGAUUUAUGUAAUAAUGGCUGACUUCUACCCAACAGAAAAGGCAAGCUGGUCCUAUAUGAGGAGAUGAUUUUGUGUCAGGACUUGCUUUGCAUUACAUGUCAGAAAUGGUUAGUGUAUCCCUUCCAUCAAAAUGUUAUUUGAAUACAUAAAAAAGAAGCUGGAAACUUUCUAAAAUAAUAAAUCAUGUUUUUGCUAUGAGAAAAUUAAUCUUACUUAAGUUUAUAAUUGUAAAAGAGUAUAUUUUAGAUAAUGAUUUCAAGUGUUACGUAUUAAACAGAAGUAAAAUACUUCGUCUUAGUGCUGCCUUCACUUGCUUAGUAAAUAUUGCAAAACAGAAAGUAUUACCAUGGACAUUUGUGUUCAAUUGAUAAUUUCUACAUUAAACGCCCCAUGUGUUAAUGUUAUACGUAUCCUAAUAAUAAAAAAGAUUAAUAACAGAUUAAAUCGCUAAAAGAAACCAAAAGUAAAAUCGCUAUUUCGUACAUUCCGAUUUUUUCAAAACGAGCUUGAAUGUUACACCAGUAUGACGAAAUGGGAAGAGAUGCGCAUGCGCAAUCGCAGUGUUUGCAUUCCUCCCUCCCUCCUCUGACAGGUCGGUAGCUGCUCACCGGCGAUGAGACAGCAAACACAGCGAGACGCCUCGAGUAUGGACUUAGCGGACGCUUUUCACCAAAGACCGACAUUAUUUAAACACCGCUGUCUACUUACGACAGACCGAGUUUAGUCCUCGCCGGGAUUAUUUACGUUUUGGGGAAGAAUAAAAAGGAUACACGAUGUCCCGGGAGAGGAGUCGAUGCGACGGCUGAUUUCCUGCGACACAAGACGCCUCUCGCGUUCACCGUGAAGACCACCGGAGUACACUCAACCUCUCCUCGGCUUCACCUGUACGCGUGUACGUAAUUGUGACACUGACACCUUUAAAAAGCACACGUCACGGGACACACGGGAGUGUGGAGGAGCGCGGGCUAAAUUUAGCAUCGAGCUAACCAACGGCUUCUUUUGUUUAUUUAAUUCGAGUCGCUGAAUGCAGUGUUUGUGAGUAUCCGACGCGGGGCAACACGUCCGGGAGGAAGAGGCACGUCGUUUAUCAGCUUGUGUUUUGGGGUAACUGCAUCCGGGGACGUUGUUUUUCGGUUUUUAAAGGACGUAAAUGAUCUGACUUCUCACUCAUGGCUCGUUAGUAUCGCGCGCACUGCAGCUGACCCCAGCUAGCUCGCGUCUGCUUCAGCUACAAGGCGGCCACUUAUCGGCCUUUCGGAACUCGUCGAGGUGAAGAUGAACCACCAGGACUUCUCUGGAGACCCGUCCGGGACCGGGAGUCGGAAAACGGCUUUCCACUACCGGAGAGGCAGCAGCGGGGGGCCGGCCUCCAGCGGAGCCAACGCGGGCGAGGACAAUCCCACCCAGGCUGGAUCCAGUUCUCCCGGACUUCACCACCAGCCCCUGUCCCAGGUGGCUGGCGCUCAGGUGAAGAAAAAGAGUGGCUUUCAGAUAACCAGUGUCACCUCGGCUCAGGUCAACGUGAGCGGCAACAACAGUCUCGCUGAUGACACCGAGAGCUACGACGACAUGGACGAGUCGCACACGGAAGACCUCUCCUCCUCCGAUAUGCUGGAUGUGUCCGUGUUCAGGGCCACGGACGCCGGCGUGCCGGAGAGAAGCUCCUCCGACGAGACGCUCAACAGCCUUCACGGGGUCGACACGCCUGGAAUCGCGUCGCCCAACGAGCCUCUGCACCCUCAGGCCAUCCCUCAGGGCUCUCAGCAGCCCACCGCGAUGGUGAACGGGACCAUGCACCAUCAUUAUUAUCCUCAGCAACACAGCCAGCCUCACCAUCAUCACUCUGAGAGCCUUGGAGGAGGCGAGCCCUCCGCCCCGGCUCUUCCCGUGGCUCCCGUGGGUAGCUCCAGCCCGUCUCUGUCCCAGAGGUCACUGAUGUUGGAUCACGGUAAACCUGCAGGUGGGACAACCCAACCCCCUGUUGUCGGUGGGACACCCGCCGAUCCACAGCUUCACGGCAAUGUGAUUGUUUCUAAUGUGUCUGCCGCUGCAGGUCCUUCUUCUGGGCCUGCAGGUUUUGACAACACCAGUGUGAGCGGGCACUCGGCUUCUGUUGGAGGAGGGACGGGCCCGCCUGCCGCCGCCCUCAACACUCAAACCCAGCACACACAGACUGCUACUGGCUCUCGUUUUAGGGUGGUCAAACUAGACACUAACUCUGAGCCGUGCCGCAAAGGAAGAUGGUCGUGUACAGAUUAUUACGAAAAGGAGGUUCCGCAUCAAACUCCGAUCGAGGCACCGAAAGGUGUCGAGGUGGCUGUAGAGACCGAUACAGGUAACGCUCUGAUUGGUCAGGGCUUUCCUGCCGUACAGCCACCGCACACGCUUCAGCCCUACCAGCAGCCGAGCCAGGACUUCAAUAGUCCACAAGCCGUGCAGAGCCCGCCACAGGGGCUGGCCCAAACCACGCCUCUGACCUAUGUUUCUCCCCAGGAGGUUGCUGGCGGGGCCCACAUGCAGCAUCCCGUGGCUUCCGUCACGCUCCCUCCAGCAGCACCACAGGCCGCUGUGAAUCAGCCUCCCCCUGUAAUACCCCAGCAGUUUCCCUAUUCUGUGGAUCCCCAGGCAGGUUACCCCGCGUCCCAGUUCCACGCAGGGGUCGCAGCUCCGGGAGGCGUCCGACAGCCGGACUUCAUCCAGCCUACCGCUCCCUUCCAGACCCAGGUCCAGCCUCCGCUGCCGCAUGUCACGGCGGGAGUCUCCAUAUCGCCGGUUCCAGGGGGCGCAGCACAGCCACCGAUCGGCUUCACUCAGCAGCUGACUCAUCCAUCUGCACAGACCCUCCCGAAUCAACCACAGCCACACAUCCAGCCCCCCUCCACUGCUCGAUUCCCUGGAGCGCUCACCUAUGCGACCCACUCCAUGCCUUUCGCUGCACUGCAAGCUGACCUCCAGCCUCUCCUCACCCUGGGUGGAGGGAGCUCCAUGAGAACGUCCCAGCUGGAGGAUGCCCAGAAGCUUCUGCUCCAGCACAAAGGCCUGCUGGGUUUGCCCAGGCUAGGGAUGGCGGCGGGCGGGGAGGGCGCUGCGGAGGCCGGCAUGGCCCACAUGGGGAUGUCGGCCGAGGCCAGCGCCUUCAUGGUCGCCGCCGCUGCCGCCGCAGGCCUCAGGUCUCAGCACGCCGAAGGAGAGGAGGACAGCUGCCGGCCUCGGUCCUCCUCUGUGUAAAAAACCGGAUCCCGCCAGUUUCGCCCUCGCACACAAACGGGGACACGCGCUCGCCUCCCGGCGGGCUCGAGGGCGAGCGACGCGGAAGGCGGCCGGCGAAUCACGGAGCGGCAUGCGGACGGAUGAAAAAUAUAUAUAUCGGAGGUCGCAGGAGGAGAGAGGCGGUGAAACAUUUGAG